GGGUUUGUUUAGUUUAGAAGGUCAAAUUUAUCCCAUUAUCCUUCAUGUUACAACAACAGGUGCUGUUUCUUGUUUAUUCUCUUCAAUUUCCAACUUAUUUUCCUUCUCUGUUCAAGUUUCAUGGUCCCUUUAUUUGCAGUAAUUUCAAAUCAAGAACCGUUUUUUUGUAAUUUUCAAAUUUAGGGUUUCCAUCAGCUUGGCCAAUCUAGUCGGUGUUCAUCAUAAUAGAUUUACAAGCAGCGAGUUUUGUGUUCUUUUUCAAACUUAUGGUGGCCACUGAUUUCUGUAGUUGCAACUCUGAUUUCUUUGUCUAAUGGGUAGUCUUGAAAUACCCAAAUGGCUCAAAGGGUUGCCUUACGCGCCGGAGUUUCGGCCGACCGAUACCGAAUUUGCCGACCCAAUUGCUUACAUAUCUAAAAUUGAAAAGGAAGCUAGUGCUUUUGGGAUUUGUAAGAUUAUUCCUCCAUUUCCUAAGCCUUCCAAGAAAUAUGUCGUUAGUAAUUUAAACAAGUCUCUUUUGAGGUCCACUGAGUUAAGUCGUGACCUAAAUGGUGCAAAGGAGGGAGAUGUUCGGGCUGUUUUUACGACUAGGCAUCAGGAAUUGGGUCAGAGUGUUAGGAAAACGAAAGGGGUUGUUCAAAAUCCUCAGUUUGGAGUUCACAAACAAGUAUGGCAAAGUGGGGAGAUUUAUACAUUGGAGCAAUUUGAGUCUAAGUCGAAGGUUUUUGCUCGUAGUGUGUUAAGUGGGAUUAAGGAGCCUUCUCCUCUUGUCGUUGAAUCUUUGUUUUGGAAGGCAGCUAGUGAUAAACCCAUUUAUGUGGAGUAUGCAAAUGAUGUUCCGGGAUCUGCUUUUGGAGAACCUGAGGGUAAAUUUCGUUAUUUUCAUAGGAGGAGGAGGAAGAGGAACUAUUAUCACCGGAGUAAAGAACUGUCUUCUGAACCUAAGGAUGAGGAAAUGGAAUCUUUGACGGAUUCCCUCUGUCGUGAUAGUGGAGGCAUUUCUAACAGGAAUGAUCUGAACACAAGUUCAGAGAUGUUGAAGCCAUCUACUUCCACGGAGGAUGUUUCACACAAUUCGCGAGGAAAGAGUUCAGAUUCUUGUAUUAAUAUGGAAGGGACGGCAGGUUGGAGGCUUUCAAAUAGCCCUUGGAACUUGCAAGUAAUUGCACGGUCUCCUGGAUCACUUACGCGUUAUAUGCCAGAUGACAUUCCGGGGGUUACUUCUCCAAUGGUUUACAUUGGCAUGUUGUUCAGUUGGUUUGCAUGGCAUGUUGAAGAUCAUGAGCUACAUAGCAUGAAUUUUCUUCACGUAGGCUCUCCAAAAACUUGGUAUUCCAUUCCUGGAGAUCAGGCAUUUGCUUUUGAGGAAGUAGUAAGAACUCAGGCAUAUGGUGGCAGUGUCGACCACCUAGCUGCUCUUACAUUACUGGGUGAGAAGACUACGCUUCUAUCACCUGAGAUAGUGAUUGCAUCAGGUAUUCCUUGCUGCAGGUUAAUCCAGAACCCAGGAGAAUUUGUUGUCACUUUUCCAAGGGCUUAUCACGUUGGGUUCAGUCAUGGCUUUAACUGUGGGGAGGCUGCUAAUUUUGGAACUCCACAAUGGCUCAGUGUGGCCAAGGACGCUGCAGUUCGCAGAGCUGCAAUGAAUUACCUUCCCAUGCUUUCUCAUCAGCAGCUCCUAUACCUUUUGACAAUGUCCUUUGUUUCAAGAGUACCUAGAUCAUUACUUCCAGGUGUCCGGAGUUCACGGCUUAGAGACCGGCAAAAGGAAGAGAGAGAAUUGAUGGUGAAGAAAGGGUUUGUUGAGGACAUUUUAAGAGAAAAUAAUAUGUUAUCAGUUCUCCUAGAAAAAGAAUCAAGUUGUCGAGCAGUGUUGUGGAAUCCAGACAUGCUUUCAUAUUCAAGUAAUUCUCAAGUGGCCAAUACAAAUUCUGCAGUUGCAACCUCACCCAGAGAAAAUGUUUCGUGCAACCACGUGGAAAGUCUUGACAAUAAGGUCAAGAAUAUGCAGAAUUUCAUUGAUGAGAUGACCUUGGAUUUAGAAACUAUGAAUGAUAUUUACUUGGAAAGUGAUGAUUUGUCGUGCGACUUCCAAGUAGAUUCUGGGACACUGGCAUGUGUGGCAUGCGGUAUUCUCGGCUUUCCAUUUAUGUCUGUGGUACAGCCGUCAGAGAAGGCUUCAAAGGAACUUUAUGUUGAUCAUCUGGCUAUUCAUAAAAGGGGAGGAGAUUUUGGAUCAAAGGAUGCUCACUGCUCUUCUGUACCUGAUGUUACUUGUCUCUCAGGGAAUCUUUCAGUAGCAUCAGUUCCCAAGUUUGAGAAAGGCUGGAACGCAUUUAGUAAAUUUCUGAGACCUCGAAGUUUUUGCUUGCAGCAUGCUGUGGACAUAGUAGAGUUACUGCAGAAGAAAGGUGGAGCGAAUAUACUUGUUAUUUGCCAUUCAGAUUAUCAUAAAAUAAAGGCAAAUGCAGUGGCAAUAGCAGAGGAAAUUGGCAACAAUUUUGUUUACAACGAUGUUCGGUUGGAUAUUGCAUCUGAGGAGGAUCUGAGGUUAAUUGAUCUUGCAGUUGAUGAAGAUCGUGAUGAAUGUCGAGAAGAUUGGACCUCUAGAUUAGGAAUCAACUUGCGGCACUGUAUUAAAGUUAGAAAAAGCUCCCCAACAAAGCAAGUUCAGCAUGCAUUGGCAUUGGGUGGUUUGUUCCUCACCAGAGACCAAGGCUUCAAUCUCUCCGCCCUCAAUUGGCUAUCUAAAAGAUCACGCUCAAAGAAGAUGAAUCAUCUGCAGCACAGAAAGCCAUUCCAGAGCAUGCCACUUAAGGAUGAAGUUGGGAGGGAAAAGUCUGAUUGCAGAAUAGUGAAAAGUGAAGAAAAGUUUUUCCGAUACUACAGAAGGAACAAGAAAUUGGGAGGUUCUACAGGUGUUGGUUCAGUUACACAGCCAGCUAGCAGUGGAGAUUCAAGUGACCUUUGUAAUGUUAGGAGUGUCAGAAGCAAUACAGCAGAGUCUGUAAUUCCUGAUUCCAGUGGGACGAGCAGUCAGCAGGAUGUAGUGCUUCAAGACAAAAGUGAGCCAAACAAAAAAACUGUAUUGCCAAGCGAUACUGAUAAUGGUCCACUUGUCAAUGCCAUUGAUAUAUCUUCUGAUAUGCAUCAAGAGCAAGAAAUAAUUGAAAGUUGCAAUAAAACAAAUCAGGAACGUGAUAUUACUUCUGAGGGCCAAUCACAUGCUGGGGCUGAUGUGUGUUUGGAUGAAGUUAAUCUUGCUGAGUCCUCAGGUUUACAUAGUUCCAACCAUCCUGAGAGUUCAAAAGUGAUGUGCAAUGAAGAUAUAAAGAGUUCGUGUGGUGAAGCUUGUGAUGACAUGGCUGAGGAUGGCAAUGUUGGAGAAGAAAUUGAGAUUGCCAACAGAAUAAAAGAUAAGGAGGAAGAUUCUUGUAUUUCUAUCCCAAUAAAGCUGCAGCAUUGUUCAGCUAUUCCAAUUCAUAGCCAAUUUAGUCAUUUAGACGAUAGAACAGAAAGAGAAAUGAAUUCUACAUCUAGAAGCAACGGGAGUGAGCCCAUUUUGACUAAUACUGGAACACCAGAUGUUGCUACUUCUAACUCGAGGGACAGAACUCCUGAAGUUUCAAAGGUGGUUUGUGAAGCCACGAAUUUAUGCAAUGCUGUGACAUCAAAUGAAGCAGAAGUUGAAAUUCUAUCUGUUUCUGGUGUUGACGUUCAGUUGAAAGCUCAUCAUUCGUCUUGUUUAGCAGAUGAAAAAUCUAUCAAAUAUCUUGGAAGCCAGGAAGAUAGAGAUGGCUUUUCUGAUACUUUGAUACCGGGUACGAGGGUUGAGGACACACCUACCGAACCUAGAAGUCCAAUGGAUGAACCUGUUUCCAACACUUGCAUACUAGGGGAAAGCUGUCCCAUGGAUGUUGAAGCUAGUGGAGAAGCCUGUGAUAGAGAAAACUUGACUGGUGAAAAGACUAGUGAUGAUGACAUUGAAUGUGCGGAUAUGAGUAUAAAUAGGCAUAUUGAGAAUCCUCCGAUCCAAUCGGAGACUGGUGAUGUUACUGAAAUUUGUUCAUCAAAGCACAAGUCUAGAUUAGAUGUGGUAAAGAAAAGGAAAAGAAAGAGAGAGGAGGAGCUUUUAAUCGAAAAUGAGUUCAGUUCCUUUGACUUUAUACGAAGUCCAUGUGAAGGGUUAAGGCCAAGAGUUGUGAAGAAUUUAACUAAUAGAAGUGGCACUGAUGUCAAUGUAGAUGUACAGGAGAAACCAGAGAGAAAUAGAGUAAAGAAACGGUCAGACAGUGUUACUCCAAAGCCUAAGAAAGAAACUAAAAAAGGAUCUUGCAAAUGUGACCUUGAAGGCUGCCGCAUGAGUUUUAAGACCAAGGCAGAACUAACCUUGCACAAACGCAACCAGUGCCCACAUGAAGGAUGUGGAAAAAGGUUCAGCUCCCACAAGUAUGCAAUGUUUCACCAGCGUGUGCACGAUGAUGACAGACCUCUGAAGUGCCCAUGGAAAGGUUGUUCGAUGUCAUUCAAGUGGGCGUGGGCUAGGACCGAGCAUAUUCGAGUGCACACAGGAGAGAGGCCAUACAAAUGCAAGAUAGAAGGUUGUGGUCUGUCUUUCAGGUUUGUGUCAGAUUAUAGUCGACAUAGACGAAAAACCGGGCACUAUGUUGAUCAACCCGCCUGAAUGUUCAGGCCAGUUUGUUUCCUUGUGUAGUGAAGAAAGGGCUGAAGAAGCUCAAUGUAGUGUUGUACUUCUAAACUUAGGUUCACUGAUAGUCAUGUUAGUGGUCAUCAACUUAUUUAUUCAGAGAUUUGUAUAGUUUGCUCAAGGUAACUGAUGAUAUCUCUGGCUGGAAUGGAAGCAAAACCAAAAGGUUGUUAUGGAGUUUGGUAUACAUAUACCAUGGAAAGAUUCUAUCAUCCUUUAGAAAAGGAUUAACUCUCCUUUUUUGUUGCAAAUGUGGAGAGAAUUUGUAUCUUGUAAAGAGAGAGAUUGGAGGAUGUUGGAAGACUUCCAUCUUGAAAAGCAUACUUGGAUAUGUUUCAAGUCAUGUUACUUCCAAAAUUUCCCAAAACCAGCCUUCCUUUUAUUCUCAA